AUGAACACAGCCCAGGAAAUCGCCUACGAUUUCUUCCUCUCCCUUCUCGCCAUCAUACUCAUCUUCCUCAACAUCGCCCUCUUGAUCUCCUGCUGCAACAAGCCGUCCUCGGAAACCCAACCCGAAGAUUCCUCCCCCGCCGGCAGCGUUUCCACCGCCGCAAAAGCCAGAGCAUACCAACUCUCCGACAUCGACGCCGCCACCGACGGAUUCAACCCGCUCCGAAUCAUCGGCCAGGGAUCCUCCGGCACAGUCUACGCCGCCGUCUUCCCUGGCGACGACGAUCAGCUCGUCGCCGUCAAGAGAAUUCACCCGUCCCUCGUCCUACUCAACGCCGGCCUCGAAUUCUCCUCUGUAAUCAAAACCCUGUCUUCCGCCCACCACCCCAACAUCGCCCCUGUCCUCGGCCACUCCCAAGCCCCCGGAGAAAGAAUCGUCGCCAUGGAAUUCGUCGGAAUUCAGAAUCUGAAUCACCUCCUCCACGAAAGCGCCGAAGGACUGGAUUGGAGCCGCCGAUUGACAAUCGCCGCCGGCGCAGCCAGGGGAAUCGAGUACUUACACAAUCAGAUGGCGCCGGGAACGAUCCACGGCUGCGUGAAGCCGUCGAAAGUGUUGAUUGAUUCGAAAUUCAGGGCCAGAGUGUGCGAUUACGGGAUUUGUUUCAAUGGGAGGAGAGGGAUUGUGGGUUAUGUCGAUGCAGAGUACUGGAACAGGGGAGCUUCGAAGGAGAGCGACGUUUAUGGGUUCGGGGUGGUUUUGUUGGAGCUUCUGACCGGGAGGAAGUCGGAGGAAGGGUUGUUGGUGAAAUGGGCGGUGCCGUUGUUGAAGGAGAUGAGAUUCGGUGAAGUUUUAGAUCCAAGAUUGGUCGCGCCGAGCGAUAUGAAGUUGAUCGUCAGGUUGGGGAAGGUCGCGUCGGCUUGUGUUGGUAACUGUAGGAUGAGUCGGCCGACGAUGGUUCAGGUGGCCGCCAUUCUCAACUGUCUCGAGCUCGAUCACGACAGGUUCGGGUUCGAUUGA